AUGAAGGCCUCUUUCGUCGCUGCUGUCGCCGCUCUGGCUGGCUCUGCUUUCGCUGCUCCCACCAACCCCGUCGAGGGCCUUGCUAAGACUCUGAAGAUUGGCAACCUCGUCGAGGAGCUCCACCUCAACGAGCUUCCCAUCGUCUCCCAGAUUGCCGAUCUCCCCAAGGCUCUCUCCGGCUCCGCUACCUCCAGCGCCGCCUCCGCCGCCUCCAGCGUGCCCGCCAUCCAGAACGGUCACAUUGUCCAGAACCUUGGCCCCCAGCUUGACAACAUCCUGACCGUUGUCGGCCCCGAUGCCUCCACCCUGCUCAUUGAGCUCUCCCCCGAGGUCACUGCCCUCGUCUCUGGCCUUGGCCUUGCUGGCCUCGGUGCUCCCCUUGGUUCCAUCGUUGCCUCCGCCUCCGGUCUCGGUGGCCUCGUUACUGGCCUCGGCCCCGUUGUUGACGGUCUCGUCACUGUUGUUGGUGCUGAUGUCGGUGCCCUCCUGAUCUCCCUCUCCGCCCCCGUUGCUGGUCUUGUCUCUGGUCUUGGUCUCCCCUCCGUCGGUACCCCCGUCGGUACCGUUGUUGCCACCCUCGGCAAGAACCUCAAGCGCGGUGAGAUCGUUCAGGACGUUGCCCCCAAGGUCAAGAGCACCCUGACCGUCACCGGUGCCAACGCCAAGCAGCUCCUCAUCGAGCUCUCCCCCUCCGUUGCCGCUCUCGUCUCUGGCCUUGGCCUCCACUCCCUCGCUGGCCCCGUUGGCUCCAUCGUCGCUGAGGCCUCCUCCGUUGGUGACCUCCUCAAGGACGUCUCCGAGCCCCUUGAGAACCUCCUCCAGGUCACCGGCACUGACGGCAAGCACCUGCUCAUCAAGCUCUCUCCCUCCGUUGUUGCCCUCGUUUCUGGCCUCGGUCUCCCCUCCGUUGGCACCCCCGUCGGCGCCGUCGUUGACACCGUUGCCAACAACGUGCUGUAA